CCCGGCUGACGGCGCGGUGGCUUUGAGGGCGCCGCAGCCCUACCGAGUGGGGACAGCGCGAGGCCAGAGGGUGGGAAAGCGGCCGGCGGCGGAGGGCGGCGCCGGAGGAGGGCGGCGCGCGGUGACUCAUCCCUCUGGACGAUCAGACACGCUCGUCGAGCCCGCCCGCCCGCCCGCGCCGCCGCUCCUUUAACCGGGAGGCGCCCGCCCGCACCGCUCGCUCGCCCGCCCGCUCCGAGCUCCCGGCCGGGCCGCGGCACAGAAAGUUUUCCCAGGCUCAGGGCCUGCGGGCCGCGGAGCGGGCACGGCAGAGAGGCGGACGCCGUGCGGGCCCGCCGAGUGCAUGGUGCCGGGUGCCCGGGCCGAGCGUCUGGAGGACCCGGGGCGGGGCCGGGCUGAGCCCAGCUCCUGAGCCUCUGUCCAGUCCGGCGGCGUCCCAAGCCGUCCUCCCUCGGCACUGCCGCGGGGGUCGCGCUCCAGCACCAUGUCCCGGCUGCUGCCGCUGCUGGGGAGCCGGACGGUGCGCAGCCUGAGGCCGGGCCCUGCCGCCGCCGCGCCCCGCCCGCCGACCUGGUGCGGCUGCGGCCGGGGGCUGCUGGCGCUCGGGGUCCCCGGCGCUCCCCGGCUCCUGGGCACCCACCCCAAGAAGGAGCCCAUGGAGGCGCUGAACACGGCGCAGGGCGCGCGCGACUUCAUCUACAGUCUGCACUCCACCGAGAGGAGCUGCCUGCUCAAAGAGCUGCACCGCUUCGAGUCCAUUGCCAUCGCCCAAGAAAAGUUGGAAGCUCUACCACCCACUCCAGGACAGCUGAGAUAUGUAUUCUUCCACAAUGCGAUACCUUUCAUAGGGUUUGGCUUUUUGGAUAAUGCAAUUAUGAUUGUUGCAGGAACCCAAAUUGAAUUGUCUAUUGGAAUUAUUUUAGGGAUUUCAACAAUGGCAGCUGCUGCUUUGGGAAAUCUUGUCUCAGAUUUAGCUGGACUUGGCCUUGCAGGUUAUGUUGAGGCCUUGGCUUCCAGGUUAGGUCUAUCAAUUCCUGAUCUUACACCAAAGCAAGUUGACAUGUGGCAAACGCGUGUUAGCACACAUCUGGGCAAGGCUGUUGGCGUGACUAUUGGCUGCAUUCUAGGAAUGUUCCCUUUGUUUUUCUUUGGAGGAGGUGAAGAAGAUGAAAAACUGGAAACGACAAAUUAAUUAAUCAUCUUAGAAUACCUAUAAAAAGCUGUAAACUAAUGUACCUCAGUCAUUUAAAAAAAAAAAUACUGUCACAGCGUUUAGUGGUGAAGACAGUAACUGUAUAUAGAUACGGGAUCAAAUAGUUCAGCAUGUAUUGUGGAAACACUAACUUAUUGUGGCUUGGUCUUCUUAAGACAUCUUUUUAAAAACAAUUUAUGUUGAGAUGCUUUUCCUCAGUGGCAGUCAACAUGUUAUCUUUUCUUCUUAUCUGUGUAUCGACAUAUUAUUUAACUUGUACUGACUUGGGGUUUGCGUAUUUGUUAUGUAACAUGUACAUGCAUGGAAAUACCAAUUUAUGUUUUUUUUUCUUGGUGGUUAUAAUUCAUUGCUAGGGUUUCUCCAAAUUAUUUCAGAUGUUUAAUAUCAGUUGAAACUUUAACUCCCUGCCUGGUGGCGUCAUUUCUGUGUUAUUUCACCGUAAACAUUUACAGUCAUAUAAUUUCACUCAUCUUUAGAGCUUUCACAUCUAUUCCAAAUGAAUAGAGAUUUGUGCUUUAAGUGUAUCUGGUUCAUUUUAAUUUUGAACCACGCUGUCUUAAGGGCCAGAGAUUAACCAGAAAGAUGGAUUUGCUGGCCUUCCUUUUACAUAUACCACAUAUACUAACAAAGUGUACUUAUUUCUAGUUGACUUUUUACCUUUAGUUUCCCACCUUGUAAUAAUCGCACCGUGAGCUCUGGUUUGUGAGGGAAAGACCACUUCAGUGCUCACAUUUUUGAGAAUAGGGAUUAAGAAAUCAGGGUGGACUACGGAAUUUGAGAUAUUUGGAAAUUGUGCUCCAUUUUGUUGUUGUUUUUUUUGGGGGUGGGGAGGAUAGAAAAUGGAAGGAGGUUUAUGGAGGAUGAGGUGGAGUCGGGUGGCAUCAGUUCUGUUACUUUGGGAGGAUUUCCCCUCAGACAUGCUGUUGUCUCAUCAGAAGGGAAUGAAUCUAAAUAGUCCAUGCACAGAAUCCUAAUCUCAUUAGGUCUCACUUUGUGAUUUUUCUUGGGUGAUUUUUUUUUUUUUUAGAAAUAACAUGUGAUUUGUAUUUUGCUUUUUGCCGUAUAGUCUAGUCAAACAUAACAUGAGGAGAGCCUUUCUCCCUUUUUUUGAAAUUUUUGUUUUGUGGAGAUUGUAGCACAUGGUUGGUUUGAAAGUUGCUCGUGUCUGUGCUUAUAUGUCUGAUCUAAAUCACGUGGGAAUCCUAAGUUUUCUCCUGUGGGGUCCACACGUGCUAAAAAGUUAACAUGUCACAGAAUAAUCGAACAUAUGAAAGAGAGAAACUGAAGGUAGAAUUUAUUCUUUGGGGAAUUAAAAUUAUCCAUGGUGGCUAACUAGAUGGAAAACACAAAAUUAGCAUGACUAUGCCUUUUAAAUCUUAUUUUGGAGUUUUGUUUACACAUAUUUACUUCAAGCUCUUUUUAAAGCAGACUUCUCUUCCAUAAGAAAAUGCACUUUGGGAUGAUAUAGUGUUGCCCAUUUAUCAUAGAGCUUAAGAUAAAAUAGACAGUAUAAAAAUUAUCCAGUUUUCAUGUGCUCAAGUAACAUUUUCCUUUGCUCAAAUUAGAAUUACAGGAUUUGAGAUUGCAGACAGACUUGUCAUUUUAUCUUCUUCCACAUAGCACACAGACACCAGGAAGAGGAGUCCAGGUUGAUAGAUUAGAGUGUUUCCUUUUCUGUGUAAAAUGUGAGUGCGUGUCCGCCCUUUGUGUUUUGGUGGCUUUCCUGUUUUUGUCUUUAAGUGUUGUAUUGCGGUGCUUAACUUUCCUUCUUAUUAAAUCCCAUUUCCAGAAACCUGUUUUGGAGUUUAGGAAGGACUUUUGAUUGUUGAUUUCCUUUUUCUUUCUCUUAUACAUCCCAGUCCUUACAGAAUUAAGCCAGUGUCGUUAAAUCUUCAGCCAUCUGAGCUGUCAACACAUGAAACGUGUAACUUUCACGCUGAAAGACAUCCACAUUUUCAGUGAAACAUGGAACCAUAUUUAAUCAAUAAAGCAGACACACACAGCUAAAGUCUCUUUGUCCUUAGCCAAAGGUUUUGUUUUCUUAGGUCCUUGCUCCGAUUUCACAUGGCUCUUUGUACAAUGUGAUUUCUGAAGAUGGCCCCCUUAAGUCAAUGGCUCCAUGAGACCCUUGUUCAGUGUUUUUGCCACAGAGAAUCUGACAUCAGCUGGAACUGGACCGCCUUUCCUCUGUCAGCAACAGAGCUCCAGCUAGCUGUCAUGGGCUGGGAGGACUGUUUGCUCAGCGUUUGUGUGGCUCUUGUGUUAUGACUCACUGACCUGUUGAUGCAUGUGAACUGGGUACAUUUUGUUGCCUCUGUAUGUUAAAUAGUGACCAAUGUUUUUAUGAAAGAAUUGAACAAAAAAAAAAUAUCUU